AUGUCGGGCCAUCAUCACCAUCAUCACGGCCACGGCGGCGGACAUUGCCAUGACGAAGACGGCCACGACCACUCCAAUGACAUCACCCCAGCCAUUCAAUCGCUUCUUUACUCUCAGGUUCAGUUCGACUCUAUCACAACACUCAACGAGGCGACGCCCAAGUCCGGCGCUGCGAUCGUUAAGAAAACAUGGGCGGAGAGACUCAACGACGAGCCGGAGCUCGAAAGCGAUGCCGAUGAGCAGCUCCUGAUGUACAUUCCCUUUACCGGCCAAGUCAAAGUCCACUCUCUGCUGGUCUACACCGCGCCCACUCCCUCCGCCCCCAAGACGCUGAAACUGUUCAAGAACCGGGACGACAUCGACUUCGCAACCGCGUCCGAGCUGUCGCCCACCCAGACGAUCGAGAUUCCCCAGCCGGUUGCCGGCGCCGAUGUCUUUGAGAUCCCCCUGAACCGCGCGCAUUGGAAUGCCACCACCUCCAUCACGCUGUUCUUCGAGGAUAACUGGAGCGAUGGCGAGGAAGACGUGACCAAGGUCGGCUACGUGGGAUUCAAGGGGACUUUCAUGGCGCUGAAUCGCGAGCCCGUUAACUUCCUGUACGAGGCCGCGGCCAAUCCGAACGACCAUGUCGCUAUUCAGGGCGUCAGUGGUGUGGGCAGUCGAAUCCUGUGA